GCCUAGACUGUCAGUAGUGCUGCGUCUCUUGUGAGGAGAGGACGUCUGGCUCUCCCGCUGCCUCCAGUACACGCUGUCCUCUCCAUUUCCAUUUAGCAUUGCCUGAUUUUCAGUCAUUAUGAUACUGAGAGAAACCAGCUGUGUGCAGUGAGCCAGUGUGGUGGUGGUAGUGUGUGGUCCAGGGUUUUGUGAUCCUGAUCUGCAACGACAAGCAGGAAAAAUAAGCCUCAACUGGAUAGUAUGUCAUGGAAUUAAAAACCUUUGACGAGUGUUUACCGUGUGUGUGUUAGGAUAAGGAUAAAGACACCAGCUAACUCCGUCUACCUGCUUACCCAACAUCCUAAAGGAUGCUGGCUCUGAGACCGGGCCGAGGGAAAGAUACUCCCCGGAAUCAGUAACACAGGUAUGCUGUUCCUCCGCAGUUCCUCUGUCCCUUCCUGCAGUGCUUAAGAUGGGCGUGGGCGUGCUGGAGGCGGUCCAGGAGGAAGAUGUAUCCACCCUGGAGGAGGCAAGACGCUCGCUCACGGAGCUCCGCGACAGGAACAAGGCACAGUCUCAUCUCCUCGUCGCCUGGAAGAGAAGACUCAAGGAGCAGAACUUGUUGCUGUUGCACCUUCAGAGGAAAAGAGACGACCACCUACGUACCAUCCAGUCCCAGUUGUUGCUGUUUGAAUCACAGCUGCGGAGGCGACAAAAGGAGGUGGAAAUGUUACUUCAACAGAAGGAUGCCACUAUACGUCAACAGCAACACAUUAUCAUCUCCCUCUCCAGGGCCCUAAACAACCAAAAUAUGAAACAAGUGACUGAAACUUCCAACAAUAAAACAAAGCAACAAAUUUCCAAGACUCCCAGUGAUACUAAAGAAUUAAAAGAUGGUGAGAACAAUCAAAAUAGUGAUAAAUUUUCAGGCUUUCUUAUUACAUCGACAAAGAAUGACCUGGAAAGCCUGAACGAUAGUGACAGUGCAAUCAUGCUUGAGGACAACUUCGACUCCCUAGUGUUGAUACCUAUGGGAAAGGGAGAAGUUAAAGUUGUGAGGAGUGUGUCUGACGCUGUAGAGGUGGCGAGCAGGUCGUCCUGCUCAACAGCUGUGCCUCCUGUAGGGUCACUAACAGCUUCAGGUAGUAGUACUCUUCCGAAGCCAGGUUUCAGCUCUGGUACCGGGCCAGGCUCGCUAUCUACAUCACCUUCUUGUUCUAGUGAAGAAAGCGAUGAUAGCCCAGCGUGUACGUUAAAGAAGGGUCAUGCAGAACUAUUACGAACUGUUUAUAGCUUAGAGGAAGAGGAAGUAUGCCAUACACACCAAGACCACAACUUAUUAGAGGAUACAGUUUCACUGACUGCUUCUCUUACACCUUCUGUUACUCCAUCAUUACAAUCCAUUCUCAAAGUUACCUCACAUUAUGAUUCUGAUGCCACGCUGAGUGACGGAGAGAGCGAGGACGAGGAGGAGGACAGCGUACCCCAUCUCGAUGACUCUGCCAGUGACAGACGCAGACUUCUGGGAUCCUACGAAAAACUUAAUACCCUGGGUGUGGCUCCUAUCAAGGUGAAGGCAGAGGAGGAGAUCCAGGUUACUUACAAUCGUGUCAUGAGCAAUCACAGAUCUGUUACCAAACCCAAAGAUGUUAAAUACCGGCGCAUCAACAAGGCGAAGUCGAGAUCGCUGGAGGAGCUGAGAGGGAAGCUUAAAUACUGGACUGAUAGAGGAGGAAAGCAGUCACUAUCAGUGGACCUAGAUAAUCAUUCCUACGCUUGAUGGAGGGGAAUGCGAGGCUCUCUUAUCCUUAAGGGUUGAGUACAAGGGCCAACACUCCUAGGUGGUCAGAGAAAUUUGACCUCCCAAGGAGACUCCUGUCCCCAGGGCAUCAAUGUGGAAAUUAAUAUUAAAAAAAAAAAAAACUAUUGAAGCGAGGUACAUAGUGUCUUCAUAUAAGGAAGUAUUGAUAAUCUUCUCAUCUAAAUAAUUUUCACAUGAAUUUUUUUUUCUUAAGAUCUACGAUACACGAGGCAUUGUUACUAUAUUUAUAGUCUGUUGGUGUGUGGCUGCUACCGAUUAUAGUAUAGAACAGUAAUUCAACCAUUCCCUUUCCCUCCCGUUACCAAAUCAUACAGAAUGUUUGGGCUCUCUUCUGUGACCCACCCUAGGCUGCCACUAUUAUUGUCAGUGAGAACUUUUACUUAGUGAAAUGUUAUACUCUCUCAUAUGAACCAUUAAAUCAAAAAAGUUCUGGAAAUGGGCAAAUUAGGUAAAAUUAUCUCCCUGAAGGCAUUUUUGUAGCUUCAAAAUUUAAUUAGCAGUAAUAUGUUACAAGGUUUGUUGUAUAAAGUCAGUCAUGACCAGAGUUUCGGAAUUGGCAAGUCAGCCAGAAAGACGCUGACUUCACCCUCUGCCCUAACUAGUCUCAUUGUUUAGUGAACAAGACAUUCUGCUUUAUCUUAGAUGCAUCCUUAGCCAACUUGUUUGUUUGCGGUACAGUGACCUAAUACUUUUGUGAAUACUUUUCGUAUUUUUCCAAAUUUUUGUGUAUAAACUUGACCACACCUAUAAUGGGACCAGAAAUGCUGGAACACAAACUAUGUCCCUGGUACAGCACUCCUAAGGGUGCCCUGCAGCCCAUGGGAUCAGUGACCACAAGAUAGCUGCUCUCACCCUAACAUUCUCUACAUAUUUGUACUUUUGUGAUGGGUCCUCGGCACAGUACUGUGAAUUCGCCCAUAGCAAUAAAAUUACAAGGGUACAUUAACUGUAAAUUGCUUAGCUUACCAAAUUAAAGUAUUCAGCCACAUUCAUGGGAACAAAUGCAAAUCUAAUGCACCAUGCUGAUCAUAGAUUGUUGCUAAAACAGUAAGAUUUUCUACAGAAUUAUUAAUGUGCAGAUGAUCUUCCAAUAUUACUUAGGAACUGCUAAACUCAUAGGGGUCAUACAAUGCCUGAGGCAAUCAGGUUUGAUUCAAGGGAGGAUAAGUACAAUUCCUGGAAUCUAAGAUCCACUACAAAGGCAUCAAGGAACCUCCCAGGGGAAGAUCUCCCGGUAGCUGAAGUUAUUGGAAGGUUCUUUGAUGCAAGAAAUUGAACCUGUCCUCUUCUCUGGAUUAUCCUGAUUGCCUCCCAUUUCCCCAGGCACAUUUUGACCCUAUGGUUCAAGUGUUUAUC